AUGAGGUUCCGCAUCUAUAAGCGGAAGGUGCUGAUCUUGACGCUCGUGGUGGCCGCCUGCGGCUUCGUCCUCUGGAGCAGCAAUGGGCGACAAAGGAAGAACGAGGCCCUCGCCCCGCCGCUGCUGGACGCCGAUCCCGCGCGGGGUGCGGGCGCCCGGGCCGGGGACCAUCUCGCCGUGUCGGUGGGCAUCCGCCAGGGCUCCAACGAGUCGGCGGCUCCGCUGGUCGCCGCGGCCCCGCAGCCCGAGGUGGACAAUCUGACGCUGCGGUACCGGUCCCUAGUGUACCAGCUGAACUUUGACCAGACGCUGAGGAAUGUAGAUAAGGCCGGCUCCUGGACCCCCCGAGAGCUGGCGCUGGUGGUCCAGGUGCACAACCGGCCCGAAUACCUCAAACUGCUACUGGACUCACUUCGAAAAGCCCAGGGAAUCGACGACGUCCUCGUCAUCUUUAGCCAUGACUUCUGGUCGACCGAAAUCAAUCAGCUGAUUGCUGGGGUGGAUUUCUGUCCAGUUCUGCAGGUGUUCUUUCCUUUCAGCAUUCAGUUGUACCCUAACGAGUUCCCGGGCACUGACCCUCGAGAUUGCCCCAGAGACGUGGAGAAGAAUGCAGCUUUGCGGAUGGGAUGCAUUAAUGCUGAAUAUCCCGACUCCUUCGGCCAUUAUAGAGAGGCCAAGUUCUCCCAAACCAAACACCACUGGUGGUGGAAGCUGCAUUUUGUAUGGGAGAGGGUCAAAGUCCUUCGAGACUAUGCUGGCCUCAUACUUUUCCUAGAGGAGGAUCACUAUUUAGCCCCCGACUUCUACCAUGUCUUCAAAAAGAUGUGGAAAUUAAAGCAGCUAGAGUGCCCCGAGUGUGAUGUUCUCUCCCUGGGGACCUAUACUGCCAUUCGAAAUUUCUAUGACGUGGCUGACAAGGUGGAUGUGAAAACGUGGAAAUCCACAGAGCACAAUAUGGGUCUGGCCCUGACCCGGGAAGCCUAUCAGAAGCUGAUUGAGUGCACAGACACUUUCUGUACUUAUGAUGAUUAUAACUGGGACUGGACCCUUCAAUAUUUGACUGUAUCUUGUCUUCCAAAAUUCUGGAAAGUGCUGGUUCCUCAAGUUCCUAGGAUUUUUCAUGCUGGAGACUGUGGUAUGCAUCACCAAAAAACUUGUAGACCAGCCACCCAGAGUGCCCAACUUGAGUCGCUCUUAAAUAAUAACAAACAGUACCUGUUUCCAGAAACUCUAACUAUCAGUGAGAAGUUUAUGACAGCCCUUUCCCCACCUAGGAAAAAUGGAGGGUGGGGAGAUAUUAGGGACCAUGAACUCUGUAAAACUUAUAGAAGACUGCAGUAA